AUGAGAAUAUAUCAGUGUCAUUUUUGCUCAUCGCCGGUAUAUCCGCUUCAUGGAAUAACCUUUGUUCGUAAUGAUGCUAAAGAAUUUAGGUUCUGUCGUUCCAAGUGCCACAAAGCAUUUAAACAACGUCGUAAUCCUCGUAAGUUGAGGUGGACCAAGGCUUUCAGGAAAGCAGCAGGGAAGGAAUUAGUUGUGGACUCGACCUUGACGUUUGCUGCUAGAAGAAAUGUUCCAGUUAGGUAUAAUCGAGAUUUGGUGGCCACGACCUUGAAAGGUAUGAGCAGGAUUGAAGAAAUUAGAAGAAGAAGAGAAAGGGCCUUUUACAAGAAUAGAAUGAAGGGUAAUAAGGAGAGGCAGUUGGCUGCAGAUAGGAAGUUGGUUGAAGAUAAUCCCGAACUAUUAAGAUUGAGAGAUGUCGAAUUGAAAAGAAAAGCCGAGAAACAAGCUGCCAAAGAAAACGCUAUUGAAGUGGAAGAGGAAGUGGAAGUGGAAGAAGAAGAUGAAGAUGAAGACUUAAUGAGUGUAGAUGAAGAUAUGGAAAGCGAAGAUGAAGAAGAGAAAGAAAAGGUUAAACAGAAGGUGUUAUUAAAAAACAAAAAAAAGUCGAGAAGAUAA